GCGCUGGAGACCCUCAAGAACCACAUCUCAGGCAUCUUCAGCCCCAAGUACUCCCUGCCGCCCCCCGUGCCCCUGAUCCCGGAGGUGCCGAACCUGGUGCGGGAGAGCCAGGGCAAGCAGGAGUACGUGCUCAGCGUGCUGUGGGACGGGCAGGUCCGGCACUUCAUCAUCCAGGCUGCCGACAACAUGUACCGGCUGGAGGGGGACGGGUUCCCCACCAUCCCACUGCUCAUCGAGCACCUCCUGCAGAGCCAGCAGCCUGUCACCCGCAAGAGCGGGAUCAUCCUGGCCAGAGCCAUGCCCAAGGACAAAUGGGUGCUCAACCAUGAGGAUGUGCUGCUGGGGGAGUGCAUUGGUCGGGGUAACUUUGGGGAGGUGUUCAGUGGCCGCCUGCGUGCUGACAACACCCCUGUCGCUGUGAAAUCCUGCCGGGAAACCCUCCCAGCUGAACUUAAGGCCAAGUUCCUGCAGGAAGCCAGGAUCCUCAAGCAGUACAACCACCCGAACAUCGUCCGGCUCAUCGGUGUUUGCACCCAGAAGCAGCCCAUUUACAUUGUCAUGGAGCUGGUGCAGGGGGGGGACUUCCUGAGUUUCCUGCGCAGUGAGGGGCCCCACCUGCGGGCGAAGGAGCUGAUCAAGAUGACGGAGAACGCUGCCGCCGGCAUGGAGUACCUGGAGAGCAAGCACUGCAUCCACAGGGACCUGGCUGCUCGCAACUGCCUGGUGACAGAGAAGAACACCCUGAAGAUCAGUGACUUUGGGAUGUCACGGGAGGAAGAGGAUGGCAUCUACGCCUCCACGGGGGGGCUGAAGCAGAUCCCGGCCAGGUGGACGGCCCCUGAAGUCAUAUCCACAGGAAGAUACAGCUCAGAGAGUGAUGUCUGGAGCUUCGGGAUCCUGCUGUGGGAAGCCUUCAGCCUGGGUGCUGUCCCCUACACCAACCUCAGCAAUCAGCAGACGCGCGAGGCCGUGGAGCAGG